UUGCAUCGCAUCGAAGAAUAUUAUGAAAAUUUAUCAGAAGUUUAAGAUUGAAUAUCCAUCGAUUGAUACUACAAAUUCUAUCUCGCAAAGGUUUAAACGAAUUUCUUUGAGAAAACUCUGAACUUUCGAAGAGUACUACAGAUUCGUUGCUGCGGCGAUCAACUAAUAACUCGGCCCGACUGCUUUGACGCGCCGCAUCAUGUAUCACAUGUUGCAGCAUCGCGAAAACAUACGCGCGAAGAACAUUGGAUUCGUUGGGGACGACGAAUAUCCCGCCUCCAGAUACAUGCGCACUGACUGCGCCGUAAGUUGAUUCGCUACCGCGUCAUUAGCGGCAACCAGCCAGACGCAGCUCUCGAUGGUCAAGGGAGAACACGGGCGCGAGCCGUCUGACCAAUCACGAUGUGUCAUCUCUACGAUCCUAAAAUGAUUGUAACCGGAGAGAUUCUGAUCUUCCAAUCAUUACGCCAGUAUUAUCUGCGAUUCGUGUGGUUCAUCGCUCGAUGGUACACGUCGCGGCCUCACGAUGACUGAUCGCCAACACUUAUCGUAACACGAAUUUCUCUUCCUGAUCUUUCUCCCUGCCAUGAAGAACAAUCUCGAGACCACGCUAAGAGGAGAAAGAAAAGCCGCGAGGUCGAACCAGCGGCAUAAGUUUGAUCGAAUCGAGAUCUAAUCGAAUCUCUCGAAAAGGAUUUUAGAAAAUAUAUGCACUCAUCUUUUUAUAACAUUCAACCCUUGUGGAGAGAGAUAUCGAUCGAAACCUACACAUUAUACGAGCGUGCUUCUUGUCACCCGCCUAUUCAGAUCUGCUCGUUAUCAUUAUGUGGCUGGAUUUGUGCUGAUAACACGGGCCGCGCACAGUUCUUGCUCUGGUCGUGCGAACCCGAACACCUGUCGACGACCACCAGGUAACGUGACAUCACGUCACGUGAUGAGCCGGCGAGCUGGCGAACGCACCCCCGGACCCACCCCCGACGACCCCGUGACGCGUCCUGACGGUAAUCGGUCUAAUCGACGUCCCGGAGACUUGUGCAUAGGUGAGAUCGGAGAUACAGAAUUAAACAUCGAGUAGACUUUAAUGCCUGCGUUCAACGUGUCGCAAGCACCUUACUUGCAAUCGAAGAAAGAAAUACGCUUGUGAAACGGGAUGGAGUGUGACUCAAUUGCUGAUCAAAGCAUUCGUAAAAUGAGUCGAGUGUGGAUCAGCAGAUACGAACGAGUACUAAUAGAUGAGACAGAAAUCGCCGCUUGGAAGCGAUGUACUCCAAGCAAUAGCCACACCAGAGAGAGAAAGGGUGAAGGGAGAAGAGGGUUAAUCAUUUAGACUAUUUGCCCCGUUGGAGCCAGACCAUCUACAGCCCUUCAGUUCCCAGGCCGUUGGCAAAUUGCGGCUUACCGCGCCGGCACCGGUUUUUAUCCUCGCGCGCACCUCGUCCAGAUCGAUACCAGGAUUGCGAGUCAGGGAGGACGACUCUCGUCGCGCUUUAUCGAAAUCCUUCAAAUUUAAUGGGACAUACAUAAAACCGUCAUUUGUAUCGGCAUGACAUGGCAUGACAUCCUUAACCCCAUCAUACAUGGUUCACAUAUUCGCGGCGCAUGCUAAAAAACGAUGGUAUAUAUAUGUACAUUUCAACCUGUAAAAGUGACAUUUUUCAUUAACUUUUCGAAUAACAAUUAAAUCGACGAUGAAGAAUACUAAAAGAAUGGAAGAAAAAGUCAACGCCAUAGUUGAUGAAAUUCUUGAUGAGGACCAAGAAAACGAUUUUAAUGCGACGCGAUCUGAAAGUUGUCCAAGAGAUUGCGAGGAACCAGAUGAUACGCCUAAAGAAACACCCCAGCAAUGCAAGUGUGGUAUAGAGAAUUCAGCGAGAUUCUCGCUGCGCGUUUUAGAGGCGAUGCGCUCGUUGCAGCGCGACGUGAACCAGCCGUCCACUUCCAGCGCCGAUGACAUCGUCGAUUACAUCCGGGCGAAUUAUCGCCACGAUGGUGACCUUUAUGCCCAGGUGCGGACCGCGCUGAGACAGAUUCGUCAUGGAAUUAUUGAAAAAUGAGUACCACUUGAUUGGUCCUGUCGUUAGUGCGACGAAAUCGAAUGGCUGCUCCUUGAAUUGCAAAAAUCGUACAUCAAUGGCAAUAGACGACACAUCAAGAAGACGAGAAAGCCUCAGAAACGGUGUAUGUCGUUGCGAGCGAUUUCUUAGAAGAAACGGGCCUCCGCAGGAUGCAAGAUCCCACGAGGAAUCUCUCGGAAGAACAUUUAUCGUCGAUCGCGAUGAAAAUUCGAUAGGAGAACCGAGGUUUUAUUCAACCAGAAUAUCAGCCGAGGAAAGAAAUAAUGCGCAUCAUCGAGAUACAGAAUAUGAUGCUGAAGAAUUAUUACCUUCUUGUGAUUGCAAUGAUACUUCGGAUAUCCGAGACGAUCGUCGACAACGUGAUAUCACCGGAAUACGCAAGAUAGAACGACGUGAUGAACAUGCAGAACCGAUUCCUGGACCUUCAAGAGAUUUUGUGAGAGCUCUUCCACCGACUCCAGACAGAAAGGCGAAAAAAGCGCGAUUAGAAGAUCGAAUAGUGCAACGCGCGGAUGAAAAUGACGAAGAGACUACUACAGAGGAAGAUAUGGAUUGCAUUUGCGAUACUAACGAAGUGACUCGGGUUACCCGAGAUGAGCAUUCGAGGAGACGACCUUUGGAUCGUACUCGCGUAGCCAUCAGGAACCAGCGGAAUGGACAACGUCGCGAAACCGAUGAAGGAGAAAACGAAGAGGAUGAAGAAAAAGUGGAAGAGGAGGACGAAGAUACAGAAGAUAGUGCGUACAGGGAAUUGAGAGCGCGAAGUCCUCGCAGGAGGAAUACGGCACGCGAACGAGAAUUGAAAAGGUGGAUCCGACGCUGUCGUCAAGAAUGCGAACGACGAAGAGCGCGAUAAUUGCAAAUCAAAGUUGAGUACCAAUUAAAUGUAUUUCUAAAAGCUUGAAAAAUUUAUCUAAAAAUUAUAUUCUCGACAUAUAUGCAUGAAAGUUAUUUCGCAUAAAUUUUUAAAGGUACAAUUCAAAAAUUAUACGAUAAUAAUCUUUCCGAAUCU